UUUUGUAUUGCUUUAAAGUUACAUUAAAAAUGAAUAAGUUCUUAAGUACUCAUUAUCUUAUUUUUUCUCUAGGGAACCAACGUUGUUCUUAUGUUGGCAUCUGCAUUAAAAGACAAGACUUACUUUAAAAAACCAGAUGAGUUUUAUCCUCAACACUUUCUUGGCGCUGAAGGAAAUUUUGUGAAAAAUGAAGCAUUUAUGCCUUUUUUAGCAGGACGAAGAGUUUGUGCUGGGGAAAAUCUAGCCAGAAUGGAGCUUUUCCUUUUCUUCACAAGACUGCUGCAAAAAUUCACAUUCCAACCACCUCCAGGUGAUUUGGAUGUUGAGCUCACCCCAACAGAAGGGUUUACCAGAGGGCCAAAGCCGUAUCAGUUAUGCGCUUUGCCAUGUACUUAGAAUUUGUUAACAAUUAGCAAGUUUGUAAUCAUUUUGUAAAAAUGCAUACACAUUAAGGGCUAGAUUACAAGUGGAGAGCUAAUUUAAUGUACGCCCGUAACGGGGCAAAUUUGACUGUUUACGGGCACACGUUAAAUAACUAACCAGACCUCUGGUUAAUUAAAUA